GCUCUCACUCACGUUACAUCCACGACGCCAGUACCAUGUCUGCGAACGUCCUCGACCCGUCUGCUCUGAUCCAAGCUAUCCCUUCGAAGCUUCCGCCUACAAAGAAGCGUCUUGAGUCGUCUCAAGAUGGGAUCGCGGUCUUCCUCCAUACUGCCUUGGCGGCACUCGGUUUCCGUCUGAUCGCUGUUGACGAGAACACUCCGGCGCGAACCUUCGACAACAGCGUGCUCCCGGAUGACUGGAACGCACAUGGUCCAGGGCACUACACAUUCAGGUACAGGCAUGAGCAGAGUAGCCUUGAAUUCGUCGUCAAAGUCCUAAAGCUUGGAUCGCGCACGAUGAUUAACUCCAUUGCGCUUGAGAGCGACAAAGCUGCCACGCUUGAUAUCCCCACCAAUGACUUCGUCUCGCCAUCAUUCUUCCCUCAUGAUCUGGCCGUUGCGGAUGCUUCGCCUCUCAUCCACGGCUUCAUCUCGUCCAAUCGAGUAGCGGAUCUCAUAUCCCAGUUCCAGCUCACCACAAUCCAGAAACUGAUCCCCGGUCUUCGCAAGGAAGGCUAUACUGAGUCAGAGGAUGUCUCCGCGAGGGCGAGUGGUAGCAGGCCGAGGCCUGAUGCCCCUCCUCCUGCUCGUCCGCAACCGUACGCGCCACCGGAUGCUCCUGCUCGGUCGCCACUUGCCGUUCCUCCGAGGAAUCCUUAUGAGAUCGGCAGACGAGACCUUGACCCGCUGCCCCGCAAUCCAUUCCAGCCUCCCUCUCUGUUCCCAGAUAACGGAGCCGAUGGGAUGUUUGUUGGACCGAACCACCCUAUCUUUGGACAGGGAAUGAGAGGGCAGGGCCCUGGCGGACGAGGACCGUGGGGUGGCGACGGCUUCUUGCCACCGAUGGGGGCACCUCCGGGCGCACGUUUCGACCCAGUCGGUCCUGGCCCCCUGCCUAUGCCUGGCAGGCGUCCAUUCCCUGGCAUGCCAGGCUCCGGAAACAUGCGUGAUCCUGACAAUGACGACUUCAUGCCCCCGGGCGCGGGAGACAUGUUUAUGUAGGAUAUUGGCAACUGCUCUUGGUGGCCGUUUGAUUCGAGCGUGUGGAUGUAUGAGUAUGGGCAGUGAUAUGAUAUAUUUGUACCACCAGUGUUGUGCAAUGGCCAU